GCAGCGGAAAUAUUUCAGGGGAAAGGAGGGGGAGGCUAGCGGGGAAGAGUGAAAGGGCAGGCGGAAGGGAUACGGUACAUUAUUUCCUCAUUUCUGAACCGACUAAAUAUUUGUAUCGGUUUGCUUUUCCCCUGUUUGAGAGACCUCGAAUAAAACACCAACUGGAAGGUUAGCUAGCCGCCGCCAUCUCCUCGGAGCGUCCGCCGUGUCUUCCACACACCAUGGGGAACGCUGCCACCGCCAAGAAGGGUAACGAGCUGGAGAGCGAGACUUUUGUAAAAGAGUUCCUAGCCAAAGCCAAAGAAGACUUCUUACGGAAAUGGGAAUGCCCCCCACAGUGCACAACGUGCCUAGAUGACUUUGACAGGAUAAAGACCCUGGGUACCGGCUCAUUUGGAAGAGUCAUGCUGGUAAAACACAAAGGAACAGAGCACUUCUUUGCCAUGAAAAUAUUGGACAAGCAGAAGGUGGUGAAACUCAAGCAAAUAGAACACACUUUAAAUGAGAAGAGAAUAUUGCAAGCAGUGAGCUUUCCGUUUCUCGUCAAACUUGAGUACGCAUUUAAGGACAACUCCAAUUUGUACAUGGUAAUGGAGUAUGUUCCAGGAGGAGAGAUGUUUUCACAUUUAAGACGAAUUGGAAGGUUCAGUGAACCACACGCACGAUUUUAUGCUGCCCAGAUAGUGCUGACCUUUGAAUACCUGCAUUCGCUAGACCUCAUUUACAGAGAUCUGAAACCAGAGAACCUUCUCAUUGACCACCACGGCUACAUUCAGGUGACAGACUUUGGAUUUGCCAAACGAGUAAAAGGCAGAACCUGGACGUUGUGCGGAACACCAGAGUAUCUGGCACCUGAAAUCAUUCUCAGCAAAGGUUAUAACAAAGCUGUGGACUGGUGGGCACUCGGAGUUCUCAUCUAUGAAAUGGCAGCUGGUUACCCUCCGUUCUUUGCCGAUCAGCCCAUUCAAAUCUAUGAAAAGAUCGUGUCUGGAAAGGUACGAUUCCCCUCCCACUUCAGCUCUGAUUUGAAGGACCUGCUGAGAAACCUGCUGCAGGUAGAUUUGACCAAACGUUACGGCAACCUGAAGAACGGUGUCAACGACAUCAAGGGUCACAAAUGGUUCGCAACAACAGACUGGAUCGCAAUUUAUGAACGAAAGGUUGAAGCUCCAUUCAUACCAAAGUGCAGAGGACCUGGUGACACAAGCAACUUUGAUGACUACGAAGAAGAGGAAAUCCGUGUUUCUUUAACGGAAAAAUGUGCAAAGGAGUUUGCCGAGUUUUGAGACACAAGAACGUGGAUAUAUCAGGGAAAAUAAGGGGAUCUUUGCACUCUUCUUAAAGACUUGGGAUGGAGCAGAGACCAUCUUAUUAUUAUUAUUAUUAUUAUUAUUUUUCAGAUCUACAAAGUCCCUUCAUUCCACAAGGUUGAAUGAAGUUGUCAUGACCCUUGAGUGUCGAUAACCCCUCAGCGUCACAAACACCUGCAUAUCGAAUCAGACACAUCACUUUUGUUUUCUUCUUUUUUUAUUUUGAAGGCAGUUAGUCUUGGAUAUUUUUUAUCAAAACUAAAAUGUGCUUAGUAUUUUUGUUUUUGUUGUUUGUUUUUUGUUGUUGGAAAAAAAAGGAAGAAUUAUUGACUGUGGCCAAUACUAGUCAAYGUACUAUAACCGACUUCUCUUUAGCAGUUUUAUACACUUUGAGUGGGUUUUGUGUUUUUUCUGUUUGCCAUCCGCUUUGUGUAUUAAAGUCCACAUCCAAUUUAGUUGAAGCCAGCAGACACAAGUAGAUUUGGUCUCAUGUGCAUAUCUGUCAAUAUUCAAAGACAUUUUAAUACCAUGAUGGUUUAAAGCAUGACCAAAUAUAUAAAAAAAAAAGUUGACCCAAGAAGAAAGGUCCUGUCCUUUCGUAGCUUGUUGCCUUAGGAGAGCUAAGUCCUCAAACCCCACAAAAUCAUUCGUUUUUACUUUUAUUUAUUCUUUUGUUCUGACCCAGGCUGAUCAAGCCAUCUCAGAAGUUCAUUGGCCUUGCAUUAUUAAAAUGCAUAUUCAUUAUUUUUUUUAUCUGAUCCAUUUGGGUUGAUUAGUUACAUGUUAAAAUUCUUAUUUGCUGUUUUUCCUAUUGUGUUUAACAUUAGUCUUAUUGUCCCUAGAUUUGAGAUCUGCAUUGGACCCUUUUUGUUACAAGUCUGUGAAACAAGGCGACUUGAGUAAGUGGAAUAAGAGUCAAGCAAAAUCAUUUUUAGAUUUUUAUUGAGUGUUUUGUAAAGUUGAAGAGGUCAUUGUGAAUAAUGUUGAGGCUUUACCACCUUAACAUUCAUAGUUCAAGCUAAAAAGAAUAAACUUUAUUUGAUUUUAUGUAUUGAAAUAUGUUUUAAAGUUUUUUUUAAGACUAAGGCAGAAAUGCUAAUAGGUUAUUUUCUCUCUGUUACUCACCACAGAAACAUUGUCAUUCUUGUCAAAGAAUGUAGAUUUGCCACGACUAGAUAUACCUCUGAAGGCUUGAUUUUGGAAGUACAGUUUUUCCCAACAAUACACUAGCUAAACUAAUGACUGCUCCUUUGUAUCACAUGUAACUCUGUUAUUGUUAAGCUCAUUACAUUAUACAUAUAUGCAUUGUUACAUAUUUGUUUUUAUUUAUACACAUUAGAGAUGCUAAUAAAUUUUAUUUUUAAAAGUG